AUGGAAGUUUCUUCUUCUUAUUCUUCCUGUUCUUGGUCCAGUCUACCAGAUGAGCUCCUCGAGCUAAUCUUGAACCGGUUAAACAACGUUUUGGACAUUUUUAGGUGCCUCCAUGUCUGUUCUUCUUGGAGAUUGGUAGCCACCCAGUGCGAUGUUUUGACAGGGGCACAACAAAUCAAUCUUCCAAAGGCUCAAGACUGCUGGAUUUGUAAUUCUAAUAAUAAUGGGUGGCUACUAACCAUAAGCAGCCUCUCUUUCCCUUACAAGGUAAAUCUUUGGAAUCUCAUAUCAAGAAACGAAAUCUUUCUUCCAUCAGCAAGUAAAUUCCCUAUUUUCCAGUGCCAGAGAAUCCAGGGUUUCAUAAAGAGAUGCAUUAUAUCACUAAGUCCUUCAGACCCAAAUUGCACUGUUUUGGUAAUUUUUGGCAUAGAUUCAGAACGAAAACUAGCCUUCUGCAGACCAGGAGAUGGAGAAUGGAAAGUUUUACAAGAUCAAGUGGAGCUAUCUUUUGUUGACAUUAUGUUCUACGAGGGUCAAUUUUACGCCACAGAUAUCCGAGGGAAAAUUUAUACCUGCGAGCUUGGACCCAAUCCAAAGAUUAUUAUAGCGAUUGAGCCUCCAGCCCAACUUUAUCAAACAAGGCAAAACUACUUGGUGGAAUCCGCGGCAGGAGAUUUUCUGAUGUUCUGCAAAAACUGGGACUGGAUAGAUGAUGAUGAUGAAUAUGUGGAAGUGGAAGAUUACAUAGCAAUCUCAUUCGAGGUAUACAAGGUAGAUUUGGGUACAAGAGAGUGGAGGAAAUUAGAGAACUUGGGUGAUGAAGCUCUGUUUAUUGGCUGUAAUGGCCGCAUAACAGCAUCAGCAUCAACAGGCAAUUCUGGAACGGCUUUUUCAAGAGGUAAUUGCAUCUACAUUAUCAACAAUUCCAUUGAAGUAAACCCUGAUGAUGACUUUGAAUUUAAGCAUGCAAGCAUUUAUGAAUUAGAAUCCAGAAGCACCAAACGCCUGCGAACCUCUGAAACUUCGACUUCCUAAUUCCAUUGGUUCAUGCCUGAUCACAUGUAAUUUUUCCAAUAUUAUAUCCCAUAUCUUUAAGAAUAUUUAGAAGUGGUGAGAACACAAUUGUUCAUGUCUAUUGCGUGGUUGAAGAUUUCAUGUCUAGAAUCCAAUUGUUUUUGCAAAAAAUCAAAGAGGGUUUUCAUUUGAUCA